UCGUCACUCUGUCCUACGCAAUUCGUAAAAAUGGCUACCGUCAACGUGAAUCGCAAUGUGACUGAUAUCUUCUACCGUUACAAGAUGCCCCGCAUCAAUGCAAAGGUAGAGGGUAAAGGUAAUGGCAUUAAAACGGUGAUCGUGAACAUGGCAGAGGUGGCACGUGCGAUUGGUCGUCCCGCAACCUAUCCGACGAAGUACUUCGGUUGCGAGCUAGGAGCCCAAACUCAAUUCGAUCAUAAGAACGAACGCUUCAUUGUGAAUGGUUCGCAUGAUGCCGCCAAGCUGCAGGAUCUGCUCGACGGCUUCAUCCGCAAGUUCGUCCUGUGUCCGGAGUGCGACAACCCGGAAACGGAUCUGAUUGUAUCGUCCAAGAAGGGUACCAUCUCCCAGGGCUGCAAGGCGUGCGGUUUCCAUGGUCCACUCGAGGUGAACCACAAGGUGAACACGUUCAUCAUCAAGAAUCCACCGAACGUUAACCCGGCCAGCCAGGGAGCAUCGCUAACCGAGGGCAAACGUAGCAAGCGCACAAAGAAGGGUGAAAACGGUGACGACUCGACGGUUGGGCUCAACACCACCAAUGGCGGUACUGUGGAGAACGGUGCUGAAACGAACGGUGGUGACGAGUCACCGAAUGGUUCCAUCGCCGGCAAUGCGGGUGAGGAGAACGGUGAGGAUGAUGUGAACUGGACGGUGGACACGUCGGAGGAAGCGGUACGUGCCCGCAUGCAGGAUCUUACCGACGGUGCCAAGAACAUGACCGUAUCGGACGAUUUCGACAAAUCGGAAAAGGAACGCAUCAACAUCUUCUACGAUCUGGUGAAGAAGAAGCGCGACGCGAACGAGCUCGAUAAUGUGCAGGUGCACAAGGAACUGGUGACGGAAGCGAGCCGGCUCGACAUCCAGUCGAAAGCGACGCUCGUGCUGGUGGAACUGCUCUUCACGGCCAACAUUAUCCAGGAGGCCCGCAAGUACCGCAAUCUGCUGUUACGCUUCACCCACGAGGACAAGAAGGCGCAGAAGUACUUCAUCGGUGGUUUGGAGCUAACGUUUGCAAUGCACGCCGACAAGCUGAUGGACAAGGUGCCCGGCAUACUGAAGCUGUUCUACGAUAGCGACGUUCUGGACGAGAAGGUGAUACUGGACUGGUCGCAGAAGGUCAGCAAAAAGUACGUCUCGAAGGAGGUCGCCGCACAGAUCCACGAGCGCGCCAAGCCGUUCGUCCAGUGGCUGCAGGAAGCGGAGGAGGAAGAGUCUUCCGAAGAGGAUGACGAUUCGGAGGUCGAGAUCGAGUACGACGAUCGGGCUAAGGUGGACUCGCUGCGCAAGGAACCUGCCAAGCCGGAUCCGAAGAAGUUUGCCAAGGCAUCGCUCGAAGAGGAUGACGAGGAUGGUGAAGAUUUGAACAUCGACGAUAUCUAAGCUACUCUUCGCGUUUCGUCAGCCUUGUGUGUGAGG